GAGGUGCAGCAAUCGCGAACAACUGAGGUGCAGCAGCCACAAGCCGAGAGUACCCCAAGACCACCCUCGCUGCCGCUCUCGAUGUAUAGGCAAUUUCAGAAGCGUGAUCGGCCGUCGUACCUUGAAGAUGUAGCGGCACAUCCCGAGAGCGACGAUCCGCUGACCACCGGCGAUAGCGGGGCACGCGAAUCGCGCAAUCGAAAGCGGCAGCAUACGAGCUUCUUCGACGAAGAGGAUUCCAGACAAGCGUCAAGCUCCCAAAACUCAAGACUCACGACGUCUAUCGGCCAUUCUGGCUCUUCUCAAGAUACGGACAAAGCAUUCGACGUCCCAUGCUCGUACUGCAGACAGCAGGGGAUCCCCUGCAUGCCUCAGAAGGGCCUCUAUCGCGCUAUGGCCUGUUUCCAGUGCAGCUGCCUGCGCAUUCACUGCUCGCACGUUCCCGCCUCUCGUAACGGAAAUCCAGCGCUUAUGCCCGCCAUCGACUUAAGUUGGCUGCCGCGGCCGGUUCCCGCCGGUAAUUGGAGGCCGACCCAUCGAAGCGAUGCUGGUCCCCCAAAGAGCGUUAGCUCGGGCCCUUGGCUUUCAAGUCCGGGCGCCACUCGGAAGAUCAAGAUCAACGGUAAACGAGUUGAGAUCGCAAAAUAAUGCUGAGCCUCGCCGAGAUGCGAGCGGCGGUGUGAUUUGGAGUCUAUCUUCAUAUGCAGGGUUCGGAUCGAGCUCCCUAGGCUUACCGUCAGGCU